GGUGCGCAUUACGCACACUUCCAGCCACAGCUCCGGACGGGACUCCCACGCCGCCGCGCUCCCCUCCAAACUUCUUCGCCUCUUUUCCACAAGUUUUCACAACUUGUCACAUCUCUGCAAAGGUCCGCGACAUCAGAGCUGGCUGCAUGGCUACAUGAAAGUUUCAUGGACUUGGAAGUUGGAAAACUUUUAGCGGCGCUUUAUUGGAGCUCGUCGCCUCUAUAGUUAACUGUGGAUUACUGACACACCGCAGGACCUUUGGCAGCUAUUUACCGGGGAUUAUCACCGUGUCUUCUGCAGAGGUCUGAGCCGAGAUGGGGAGCAAAGCCCUGCACGCUCCGAUCCCCCUGCACCCGGCCCUCCAGCUCACAAACUACUCCUUCCUGCAGGCCGUCAACACUUUCCCCGCUGACCAGCUGCAGGGGCUGUACGGCCUCAGCGCCGUGCAAACUAUGCACAUGAACCACUGGACUCUUGGUUACCCGCACAUCCAAGGACUGAGGUCGACGAUCACGGAGAUGGCAGCCGCCCAGGGUCUGGUGGACCCCAGGCUUCCCUUCCCGGCGUUACCCUUCACAGCGCAACUCUUCCACCCCAAACAAGCCGGCGUUGCGCACGGCGUGCCCUCGCUGCACAAGGACAGACCGAGGUUUGACUUCGCCAACCUGGCCCUCGCUGCCACUCAGGAGGACCCGCCGAAAGCUGCGGAUCUGGCGAAGUUAGGGGGGACCAUCACCGAGCUGAGCAAGCUGUCCCCGGAGAGAAAACCCACCCGGGGCAGGCUCCCGUCCAAGACUAAAAAGGAGUUUAUUUGCAAGUUCUGCGGCAGGCAUUUCACCAAGUCCUACAACCUCCUCAUCCACGAGAGGACCCACACAGACGAGCGGCCCUAUACCUGUGAUAUUUGCCACAAGGCUUUCCGAAGACAAGACCAUCUCAGAGACCACAGAUACAUCCACUCCAAGGAAAAACCCUUCAAAUGUCAAGAAUGUGGGAAGGGAUUCUGUCAGUCUCGAACUCUAGCCGUCCAUAAAACCUUACAUAUGCAGGAGUCUCCCCACAAAUGCCCCACAUGCGGAAGAACCUUUAAUCAAAGAAGUAACCUGAAAACUCACCUUCUCACCCAUACAGACAUCAAGCCCUACAGCUGUGGCCGCUGCGGAAAGGUGUUUCGGCGCAACUGUGACUUGCGACGGCACAGUUUGACGCACAGCCCACAUCAGGACUACUAGCCUGGACAGACUAACAAAAUAACAAUGGACAACAACAAAAAAUAAAUAAAUAAAUGAAUGAAUAAACGCAGGAAGACAAGUCGGCGACUCUUUUUUUUUUUUUUUUUUUUUUCCUCCUUCUUUUGGUU